AUGCCCGGAGCACUUCUAUCAGCGGAGUCGCUCUACAUAGGGAUGGAGGUGGUGAUCGCAGUCGCGUCUGUAAUCGGAAACGUGAUGGUGGUUUGGGCGGUGAAAAUUAACAAAUCGUUGCGCGAUAACACGUUUUGUUUCAUCGUCUCCCUCGCGCUGGCGGACAUUGCAGUGGGAGCUCUGGUCAUUCCUUUGGCCAUUACUAUCAGUAUCGGACUCCAAACUCACUUUUACAGCUGCCUGCUCGUCGCGUGCACGGUGCUGGUGCUGACGCAAAGUUCCAUCCUGGCCCUACUGGCUAUUGCAAUUGACCGCUAUCUCAGGGUCAAGAUCCCGACCAGGUACAAGCGGGUGGUGACCCCUCGGCGAGCAGGGCUGGCAGUGGUGAUAUGCUGGACGGUGGCCUUCAUCGUGGGGCUCACCCCCAUGUUAGGUUGGAACAACCUGAAGCGCCUACAGCAGAACGGCUCCAUCAGCUCUGACCUCAUUAUCACCUGCCAGUUCGAAAAUGUCAUCAGCAUGGACUACAUGGUCUAUUUCAACUUUUUUGGCUGGGUGCUGCCGCCGCUGCUGUUUAUGCUGGUCAUCUAUGCAGAGAUCUUCUAUGUUAUCCACAAGCAACUUAACAACAAGAAGUUCACCACCAGCCACGCAGACCCCAACAAGUACUAUAACAAGGAGCUGAAUCUUGCAAAAUCGCUGGCUCUGGUUCUUUUUCUCUUCGCGAUCAGCUGGCUUCCCCUCCACAUCAUUAACUGCAUCACGCUCUUCUGCCCUGAGUGCAAGAAGCCUAUAGUCCUCCUCUACGUCGCCAUCCUGCUCACCCAUGGCAACUCUGCUGUCAACCCAAUUAUCUACGCUUUCCGUAUUAAGAAGUUCCGCACGGCCUUCAGGAAAAUCUGGCAGCAGUACUUCUGCUGCAAGGACACACCGGCUCUGGAGAUUCAGCCCAGUGACAGGAAAGAGAUGCCCAAUCCAGAGUCACAGCCAGCGAGCCCACCACAGCCCCCUCAGAAGGAAAGCCUUGCAUCUGAUCCACCACCACAUCAGCCACCUUCACCUGAGCAGCAGCAGGACCAGAGGACCAAACCACCUCAACAACCUACAGAGCAUCCGCCCUUACUGGAGCAGAACUCCGUCUAAUCCGAGGAAUGAAGCGGAUGGAUGGCUUGAAAGAUAAUGAUCAGUGCACGAGCAUUGGUUCUCUCCUCAUUUUAAUUUAGUCUCAUGAGGAGCAUGAAGUGCUACGAUGCUGUAGGGAUGAAGGUGACUUAAUACUGGAAGAUAAUUUAUCUUUACUCAAGAGGAGUGGAUUUUAUGAAAGUUUGGUCAGAGCACAAAAAAAAAGGAUAUAUUUCUUGCAAUAAUGGAAGUCUUUUUGACAGUGACUAUCUUAGUAACAGACUGAAGACGUUCAGCUUGAACUGUUGUUCAUUAUGGUCAAACAGUUGGUGUGAACAUUACAAAAUGUGCAAUAUAAGUUAUUGUGGUUGGUCAGUGUCAGAUUAUCAAAUGUUAUAAUUUGCUAUAGAAUGAAAGUUUGUACGAACAGGUUCAUUUUAUUACCGUGUGUAUGUUUAAACGGACUGUAGCUAAAGAAUAUGAAUGUAAUAAUGUAAAUAAGGGACGACAGCAGCACAGCUUUGAACGCUCAUCUCUUCUUCAGGGUCUUGAUUGCACAACAGUGGUAGAGCAAGUGGCACUAUGGGAGAGCUUUUUACAGCAAGGAGCUGUCUGUGCAGACUGGAGGGUUUUGUAAUCCCUUACCCUUCUCAGCAGGAGCUGAGUCCCUCAAUAGAUCCAGCAGUACUGGUCCAUUAUUGAAGAGAUGGACAGCUAUAAGAAACAAGCAUCUGGAGAGAACGGCUGGUUUGAACCUUUUAGAAGCUGCGUGCAGGAGCCUCGCAGCUCAUGGGGGAGAAAGACAGAGAUGCACUUAAAGCUUGUGUUUAUCCAGCCUCCACGCCAGCUGGUGGUGAGAGCUGUGUUUUUUCCUUUUUUACACUACAUGGACUGAUAACAUUAUCAUAACAUACCACGGGGAACAGUGGCUUCCAUGGCCUUAUUCAGUAUUGUAAUUAGUAUGGACUGGGAUGGAAAGGCAACCUGAAGAUUGUGAGUAUCUUAACUAAACUGUAAGAUCAUCACUUUGCAAAAUGUCAACUUGGGGCAUCUGUAGACUAGAACUUAUGUUUAAUGCCAAUGACAAAAUACUGUAUAUGAAUGUAAAGUAAUUCAGUUUUGUCUCUUGUAAAGACUCAGAGCUCGGGGUCAAGACAGUUUACUGAUGUUCUCCUGAGUGGUUGACAAUCUCUUAUGUAUUUUCUAUUGCAGUCUUGAGAAAAAACAUCUGGGGCACGAGCAGGCAGUCACUCAAUAUUUUGAUGCUCGGAUGGCCGAGAAGACAGAAACCUUAAUGCAAUCCACACCAAAGUGUAUAGGCCAGAUGUACUGUAUAUAACACACACUUAAGGAAAAAAAGAGGAUGAAUAAACGUAUGAUAUCAUGUGCUUAAUGCUAGUUUCAAGAUGUGUUUACAGUAUUGAUUCCAAUAGAAUAGUGAAAUAUUAAUAGUUGUGAUAUAUUAUUUAUAGCUUGAUGAAUAACCUCUGGAGCAAAUGGUUCUCCUGAGCACAGUCUCUCCCUAUCUCCAAGAAAUAUGUUGAAAUACAACUAAUGUGCAACAUAAAUAUGUUUUGAAGAAAACCUAAUGCCACAAAAAAAUACUCUUUAUAUUAACAUAAGCAGUACAUGGCAAGUCACAAUAAGGUCAAUAGUGAACAAGGGGUUUCACAAU